GCUUGAUGUAAACAAGAUGGCGAAUGACGAACUGCGGCAGCGUUUGUUGAGUCCUGAUCAAACAGAAACAAAUCUUAAAUGGGAUCCAGAUAAUUUGCCUUUAAAAAGUAAACUAAAAUUGGCACGAAAGGCAAAAGAUGAUCCAUUGUAUGUUUACGUGUUGGAGGUAUUUUGACUUUCAAUUAAAUUGUAAUAUAUUUAAUUAGCUAAAAAAAAAUUAAAUAUUUUAAUUAAUUUGUAUUUGUUUAAUUUUAUGGCAUAGACUUAGACUUAAAAAGUCUAAUAUAAGUUAAGUAUUAAUUAAUAAUAACUAGUGUUUUGAUGCCUGAGGCUGCCCUUCAGUUUUCAUCACUCAAUCACUCCCUCAUGAAAACCACGAUGGCACAAAACAGUAAUUCUGAGUAAUGAAUGAUAUGCAAAAUGAAACAUGGAUGAAUCAUGCCAUAUAAUAUUGGAAAGCUGAAGUAGUAACCUGCCUAUAUUGUAGUAUAUAAAUUAGAAUUUUUUUUUGCAUUUUCAUGAGAAAUCAAACUUUGUCUAGUAGUAGUAGUUGCAGCAAUGUCUACUGCCUUGCAUCAUUCUGUGCUGCUUACUGGACAAAAAUGUCCCCCCCCCCCACAUUUUUUAGCCAUAUAAUAUUGGAAAGCUGAAGUAGUAACCUGCCUAUAUUGUAGUAUAUAAAUUAGAAUUUUUUUUUUCAUUUUCAUGAGAAAUCAAACUUUUUCUAGUAGUAGUAGUUGCAGCAAUGUCUACUGCCUUGCAUCAUUCUGUGCUGCUUACUGGACAAAAAUGCCCCCCCCCCCCACAUUUUUUAUGUUGAGUUACACUUGAAUUUAAAUUCAUGCCUUUAUUUUUUUAUACAUUGCAGGGAUUAAUGAUUGUUUUUACUAUUGUUGCUGCCCUGUACUGUUGGUUCUACUUUGACAAUGUACAUUUCCAUGUAUCACAUGCUUAUGCUCACCUAGGAUAUGAUGUAGCUCAACAUCAUGUUGGUCAAAGAUAUUUGCACGGUAUGUUCCUAGUAAACUUUAAAUAAUUUUUAAAUUGCUUUAUAUUUAGAAUUCAGUAAUAAUUAUUAACAAAGUUCAUUAAGCUUUUCAAAUAUGUAUUAUUAUUUGCAUGCUAUUAUGGCUUUCUUAUGGCAUGGCUUUGUUACUUUGUUGUUACUUGAUAAUUUUAUUAUUUACUUAAGUGUUUAAAAACCUUCAUAAAUUGUUUACUGGAAUUAAAUCUAAAAGUUGGUUUCCAACGGAAAGAGAACACAUCUAGUAUAUGUUAAUAGUUUUAUAAAACUAAUAAAAUAUUUUUACAAGUACAAGUGAAAGAGAAGACACAUCCUGUGUACUUAUGUGGGUACCAACAUUUAUUAAUUUCAUCUUGAAAACUAAAUCACAUGGAUUCUAAGGGACAUACUUCUUUUCUCAAUAUUAUUGAACUUCAUGGUUAUUGCUAAUGUUAGUAAGGCAAUAGCAGAUUUUUUGGCUGGUAUGUAAACUGAAACCAAUAAUCAAUCAAUAUCAACUAUAAUUCACUGUCCUCCUGAUAUCUAAAUAAUAUUUUAACAAUUACUGUCAGUUGCUUUUCUAGCCAAAUAAAAUUUUAUUUUGAAUUUUUAUAAAAUUCUUUAACAAAUAUUGUCGAUUCUGUGUUCUAUAUCAGUUUUUAUUCUUUCUGAAUUAAGGUAAGGGGGUGGAAAAGCAUCCAGAAAAGGCCAUGGAAUGGUUCAGGUAUAUUCAAUUAAUUUAAUUUUGUAUGCAAUAAUGGCUUUCAGAGGAUUUCUCAUACGAGUAUUUCUAAUUUUAUAAGGUGACUUGCCAGUAUUCAAAAUUAAUGCAUCUUACAUAGAAAUUUCAUAAACUAAUUAAUGUCUGAAAAUAAAAUAAGUUGUGUGUUGUGUCAUAAGUUACGACAUCCACUAGCAUCACUGACAUUUAUUUUUCCUUAUAAGUUGCAUUUUAUUCCAUGUUGAAUUGCUUUUAUUGACAGGAAAGCUGCUGAUCAGGGUCACCCUCACGCUGCCUAUAAUCUUGCAAUUGGUCAUCUCAAAGGAUAUAAAACAGACUUAAAACCUGGGUAAAGCUAAGCUGUAAUUGUAAAGUAAAUGUCCUUUGCAUUUGAGUUGUGUUAAAGAGAAUAGUUGUGUUUUACUUCAUGUCAUUUUUAGAUUUUAAAAAUAAUUGUGUAUUCUUUUAGGACAUUAAACUGUAUAUAAAAUGUGUAUUUUAUCUUAUCUUAUCUAGUGAGUCACAUCAACUGAUAACUCAUGCUGCAGCCAAUGGUGUGAAGGAAGCACAUCAUGUGCUGAACUCUGUGUGCACAAAAGGAGGCUGUCACUAACCAUCAAUAUGUUAAAAAAAAAAAACAUAGUCUCUUGGAUUCUUUUCCAAUACUUUUCUCUGGAUCAGUUAACAUGUUUGUAUCAUUUCAUAUUUUCCUAUAAUUAUAAGAAACCUUUUCAGAUCAGAAAUGUUUACCAGAUUUCAAAUUGAAAAGAGCUUUUAAUCUUAUCUAGUCAACCGCUACAUUUGUUUACAAAUAUAAACUUUAUCUUCUAGUCUACUGUUAAAUAAAUUGUAACAUUUAUUUUAAUUUAAUUAUUUUCAGAAUAUGUUUUAUCACCAUAAACUAUCUUUUGAGCACAUUAAAAAAAAAAUGAUGUUAAGCAGUGGUUCUCAAACUUUUCUGUUCCACUGCUCUUGGUUCCAUAAAAAUAAAUUCAUCCUUAGCCCCACCUACACUACCCUAUAAAAAACGAACAUUUUUGACUUGUGGUAAGCUUGACCAGCUGCAGUAGAUUAAAGUGCAAUAAAAGUUAAAAAUAACAAAAUUGAUCUUACAAUUUCCUGGGCUGUUAAGAACUGCUCAACCAUAUAAAAUAUUGAUGCCCUUAAACUUAAAUAGUUCCUAUCUCUACCAAACUAGAAAAAAAAAGUUCAUCACUUAAAUAAUUUUCAUAUUCAAAACAAACAGUUGAUUUUAACUUUCCUGUGCUUCAUUUGGUUAUAUUUGCUAUGCUAUUCUAUUAGUGGGCCACCCUCCCAGACCAGCCACAAAUAAGGGGAGGGGGUGUGGUACAUACCAGUUUAAGAACGGCCAAUUAAAGCCUUUUUAAAUUACACCAAAUAUUGUGUUGAGCUUUUAAAAAUAUUGUUUAUUUCUAUGUAAUUGUAUCCAUCACUUUUUAAGUCUAUAUAUCUUUUUUUGUUAGAAAUAUAAAUACUGAUAUGCUGGGCGGAUACUCAAAACUGCUGCGCGGCAUCUGUGAGAUAGCUGUGCAGCAGCGCAGCUUAAAGGGAACAUUGCUGAUAUGGUUUAAAAUAAAAUGCAUCCCAUUAUUUACCUAAAAAAGUUUUUUUGUGGACCAACCAAACAUUUUAUAAGCUCACUUUGAUGUCACCUAAAUACAUACAUUUUUUUGCACUUAUUUUCCUGCUACACAAAAUGGGAAAUAACACCAGAUUUAUUCAUUGGAAUACAAAUAAACACCUUAUGAUUCUUAUCCUUUUAUAGAUAAAAAGUAAAAGAUAAAUCAAGAUAUUGUGGUUUUUUUCAUAAAUGUUAAAAAAAUAUUGUAAAUUUCAUUCAAAUACAUUUAAAUAAUAGUUCAAUUAAAUUAAGGUUAUGGUGUGUCUCUACACUCUUUAAUCAUUAAUCUCUUUGUAAUUUUAGAAAUAUAGAAUAUCUAUAUAAAAAUUGUAUUUUUCUUUUUAAGAUAUGUUCUGUUUUUAUGUUGAUUUCAAUAAUAAAAAGUUCUUUACUCUUAAUUAUUUUUCAGAAUUUAAAAAUUUUGUUUCUCUAAAAAAUGUUACCUUAACUUUUACAUUCGUCAUUUAGUACAAUGCAUUUAAGUUAUUAUUUGUUAAUAAGUGACAUAUUUUGCACUUGUGUUUUUAUUUGUUUUUUUACACUUUCAUCUAAAAUUAUAUUUAUUUAUUAAUUAAUGGUUGCCAUUGGGAUCUUAUUGUUGAAAAUACUUUAUUUGUUAUUGGCACAACUACAAUUCCGUCCUUUAGUGAUACACUUUAUACUAUACUCAGGUGGCAAAUGUGUAAUGUAAAAUAUUUCAAUUAAUUAUAUUUCUGUUUUGAAAUAAUUGUGAUCACUUAUGAUUUGGAUUUACACCAAGUAAUUUUACUUAUAAUUUUUUAAAGAAAUGAAUUGCAGUUUGUUUUUGUUGUUCGCAAAUUGUUAAAGCUUUGACAAAAGCAUAAAUGCUGCUGAAAUUUUAAAGAUUGUUUUGAAAUUUUUAGUCUUAAUUGUCACAAUAAAUUCAUUAUUGUUCAUCACCUGAUGUUCUUGUAUUUAUUUUUUUUAUGACUGAAUUACUAGCCAAGUUUUAUUUUUCAAAUUUAAAACAGAUUUUACAGAC